AUGGCCUGGCCUGGUGCUCCGUCCUUCUAUGGCUCGGCCUGGUGCUCCGUCCUUCAUGGCCUGGCCUGCGCCCGUCCUCAUGGCCUGCCUGCGCCCGUCUUCAUGGCUCUGGCCUGGUGCCCGUCCUUCAUGGCCUGGCCUGGUGCCCCGUCCUUCAUGGCCUGGCCUGGUGCCCGUCCUUCAUGGCCUGGCCUGGCAGCCCGUCCCAUGGCUCCGGCCUGGUGCCCGUCCUUCAUGGCUCUGGCCUGGUGCCUGGGUCCUUCAUGGCCUGGCCUGGUGCCCGUCCUUCAUGGCUCCGGCCUGGUGCCCGUCCUUCUCAUGGCCUGGCCUGGUGCUCCGUCCUUCAUGGCCUGGCCUUGGUGCCCGUCCUUCAUGGCCUGGCCUGGUGCCCGUCCCGCGGCUCGGGCCUGGUGCCCGUCCUUCAUGGCUCAGCCUGCCCGGCCCCUUCCAUGGCUCUGGCCUGCGCCCGUCCUUCAUGGCUCCGGCCUGGUGCCUGGGUCCUCAUGGCCUGGCCCAGGCCCGUCCUUCAUGGCCUGGCCUGGUGCCCGUCCUUCAUGGUUCGGCCUGGUGCCUGUCCGUUCAUGGCCUGGCCUGGUGUCCGUCCUUGAUGGCCUGUCCUGGCGCUCCGUCCUUCUGGCUGGCUUGGUUCCGGUCCGUGGCCUGGUGGUGUCCGUGUCUUCUCAGGCCUGUCCUGGUGCCUGGGUCCUUCAUGGCCCUGGCCUGGUGUCCGUCCUCAUGGCCUGGCCUGGUGUCUGUCUUCAUGGCUCCGGCCUGGUGCCCGCCUCAUGGGCUUGGCCUGGUGUCCGUCCUCAUGGCUUGGCCUGGGCCCGUCCUCGUGGCUUCCGGCCUGGUGCUCUGUCCAUGGGCUGGCCUGGUGCUCGUCCUCUCAUGGCCUGGCCUGGGCUCCGUCCUUCGUGGCCUGGCCUGGCCCAUCCUUCAUGGCUCUGGCCUGCUCGUCCUUCAUGGCCUGGCCUGGUGCCCGGUCCUUCAUGGCCUGGCCUGGUGCCCGUCUCAUGGCCUGGCCUGGUGCCUGUCCUCAGGCCUGGCCUGUGCCCGUCCUUCAUGGCCUGGCCUGGUGCCUGUCCUUCAUGGCCUGGCCUGGUCCGUCCUUCUCGGGCCUGGCCUGGUGCCCGUCCUUCGUGGCUUGGCCUGGGUGCCCUGGGUCCUUCAUGGCCUGGCCUGGUGCCCGUCCUCAUGGUUCUGGCCUGUGCUCCGUCCUUCUGGUCUGGCCUGGUGCUCCGUCCUUCUGGGCCUGGCCUGGUGCUCCGUCCUGCGGCCUGCCUGGUGCCUGUCCCUCAUGGCCUGCCUGGUGCCCGUCCUUCAUGGCCUGGCCUGGUGCCUGUCCUUCAUGGUCUGGCCUGGUGCCUGUCUUCAUGGCCUGGCCUGGUGCCCGUCUUCAUGGCCUGGCCUGGUGUCCGUUCUCAUGGCUUGGCCUGGUGCUCCGUCUUUCAUGGCCUGGCCUGGUGCCCGUCCCAUGGCCUGGCCCGGCCCGUCCUUAUGGCCUGGCCUGGUGCCUGUCCUGUGGCCUGGCGGUGCCUGGGUCCUCAUGGCUCGGCCUGGUGCCUGUCCUCAUGGCCUGCCUGGUAA